AUGGCCUACGUCCGACUGAAGGGUCACUUCACGAACAUCUUCAUCGUCUCUGUGUACGCACCAAAUUCAGCCGCCGAAGAGAGCGAUAAAGAGAAGUUUUACUCGCAGCUGCAAGCCUCAGUUGAAAGACUCCUCCGUCGCGAUCUGCUGAUCGUUGUCGGGGAUUGGAAUGAUCUGACUGGACCUGGCGACUCUACAAACUGCCAGUUUAUUGGCCGCCUUGGGCUUGGUUCUCUGUGUGACAGUGGCAAGAAGUGCUGA